AUGUUUAAGUUUAUUAGUAACGGCUUUUCCAGCCCACGCGGGAAGACUAUUAGCGGCUUUUCCAGUCCACGCGGAAAGCCUAGGGGUUCGCGAUUAUCCGGUUUCGAUGGUUCUGGCGGUUCCGGCCUCAUAGCUUUCUCUUAUAAGGAGCUGUCAGCGGCUACUAAUAAGUUCCACUCGAGCCGCGUGUUGGGGGAAGGAAGCUUCGGGAAAGUUUACCGAGGGAAGGUGACUGGAGUGGAAGCUGAAGAUUGGCAGGAGGAUAGUAACGGGGAUGUUAGUAAAGCGAAUGUGACUAACGCGGGUGAUGAUAAAGGGGAUGGCGGCAAAUCGAAAGGCAGUAAAGCGGAUAAGGCGGAGGUGGCGGUUAAAGUGCUACACGAGGGAAGCAUUCAAGGGAUGGCGGAGUGGAUGGCCGAGAUUUUGGUGCUUGGAAGGCUGAAACACCCCAACUUGGUAAAUCUGAUCGGAUACUGUUCCGAAAAGAACCACGCGAUGCUGGUGUAUGCGCUGAUGCCACAUGGGGGGCUGGAUACGUGGUUACUGCAAGAUUCGCCCCGCCCUGUGCUGACGUGGCAGCAGAGAAUACGGAUUGCUGUGGGAGCAGCGCAGGGCCUGGCUUACCUGCACGGGACGAACAUCAUUCAUAGGGACCUCAAGUCGUGCAAUAUCCUGCUGGACCAGACAGCAGAGGGCCUGGCUUACCUGCACGGGUGCAACAUCAUUCACCGGGAUCUCAAGUCGUGCAAUAUCCUGCUGGACCAGGUAAGGAAGUGA